AUGAGCGUCAAACCAAUCUCAGGACUUGAACUUCCUACAAUUGAUGAAAAGGAAGCUAAUGAAGCAAUCGUGUCUCCAUUACAAUUGCCCAGUCUUGCUGAAACGAUGACUUUUACAUCUACCUCGGGUUCAGGUUCAGAUCAGACCGUAACAGCUAUUUCUAUUGCAGGAGUCGAGCGGCGGCGGCAUCCUCGUCCCGAUCCCAAUGAUAACUCAAACCAGCCAUUGAAUAUUCGAGAUUCUGAUCACAAGAUCAGGUCCGCACUUGCAGGUGGACAGGCCUCCGUAUUGGUUGUGUUUCCUGACUACUUACUUCUUUUAGCUUGCACGGACACUGUGGACGUAUAUAAUUUUACAGUAAGAUUUUCCUUUUAG